GGGAAAAAUUGUAAUUAUAAAAUAACCUAACGAAAUUUAUAAACAAGUAUAAAUAUUAAAAUUAGUAUUGAAAUAUGAUUAUUUUUUCAAGAUAUUUAUGUGAUAAAAUAUGGCAAAAAUUAGCUUUUGUAAAAGGUUUAGAUAAAGAGUUUAAAGUUUUUUCAACUUUGAGACAACAAAAAACUCAAUUAGAAGAUAAUAAUUCUAAAAUGGAAAAUAAUAAGUCAAACGAUUCUCUGUCUUUUGUAAAUUAUAGAUUUAUUUAUCCUGAAUUUUUACCAGAUCCUAAUCCAUUAUAUCGUAACAGUAUGAGAGAAAAAUUAGAACGUAUGGAUAUGUUGAAUAGAAGAUCGGUUUUGAAUAUUCCUGAAUUUUAUGUUGGUUCAAUAUUAGCAGUAACUUAUUCUGACUUACAUGCAAGUGAAAAAAUAAAUAGAUUUGUUGGUAUAUGUAUAUUAAGGGAGGGUAGUGGAUUAAGAGCUUCAUUUCUUUUAAGAAAUGUUGUUAAUGGAGAAGGUGUAGAAGUAUCUUAUGAUUUAUAUGAUCCUGCUAUUCAAAAAAUUGAUUGUUUAAAAUUGGAAAGAAGAUUAGAUGAUGAAUUACUUUAUCUUAGAGAUGCACCAUUAGAAUAUAGUACAUUUCCUUUUAAUAUGGAAAUGGAACCAACAUUUUCAAAAUCUGUUCCAAUUAAUAAAAUUAAAAUUCCUCUUAAUCCAUUACCUUGGUCAGAGAAAUGGGAACGUAAAAAUCUAAAAGGAGUUAAAGACUUGAUUGUUACUGAAAAACGUAGAAAAAAAGCAGAAGCUCAUUCUAAACCAUGGGAGAAAUAUGAUUUGAUGAAAACCUAUAGAGAAACUAUUCCAGAAGAGGAACAAAUUGAAAUAUUUUCAGAUGUAUAUACAGAACUUCGUCACUUGGAAGUACAGAAGAAUAUAUUAAAACGCAAAUAUAUGUUAAAAAGACAAAAACGAACUACAUAAAUCUUUUUAAAAUUAUGAAUAAUAUUUUUUCCAAUUAAAUAUUAUUUGUAUAUUAAAAAAUGAUAUAAUGUACAUAUUUUUCUUACAUGAUUUCUAAUUAUUUUGUAAAAAUAUAGAUAUACAUAUAUAUAAUUUAUAAA